CCAGCCGCGGCCCGCGGAGACGCCUCAGAGUUCCAUGGCGGCGCCCCCAGCCUCUGCUGACGCGCCCCGCUUGCCUCCGCCGCCCGCCGCGGCGGGAGACGGGCCCGACCGGCCGGCGGAGAGGAGCGAGACCUCGUGCGAGGACCGCAGCAGUGCAGAGUCCUUGGACAGGCUCCUCCCAUCUGUGGGCACCAGGCGCUCACCCCGGAAGCGCACCACCAGCCAGUGCAAGUCUGAGCCGCCCCUGCUGCGUACCAGCAAGCGCACCAUUUACACAGCGGGGCGGCCGCCCUGGUACAAUGAACAUGGCACACAGUCCAAGGAGGCCUUCGCCAUCGGCCUGGGAGGCGGCAGCGCCUCUGGGAAGACGACAGUGGCCAGGAUGAUCAUCGAGGCCCUGGAUGUGCCCUGGGUGGUCUUGCUGUCCAUGGACUCCUUCUACAAGGUGCUCACCACGCAGCAACAGGAGCAGGCCGCCCGCAACAACUUCAACUUCGACCAUCCAGACGCCUUUGACUUUGACCUCAUCGUGUCCACCCUCAAGAAGCUGAAGCAGGGCAAGAGCGUCAAGGUUCCCGUGUACGACUUCACCACCCACAGCCGGAAGAAAGACUGGAAAACACUCUACGGUGCAAACGUCAUCAUCUUCGAAGGCAUCAUGGCCUUUGCUGACAAGACGCUGCUGGAGCUCCUGGACAUGAAGAUCUUUGUGGACACAGACUCUGACAUCCGCCUCGUGCGACGGCUGCGCCGGGACAUCAGUGAGCGAGGCCGAGACAUCGAGGGUGUCAUCAAGCAGUACAACAAGUUCGUCAAACCUGCCUUCGACCAGUACAUCCAGCCCACCAUGCGUGUGGCAGACAUCGUGGUGCCCUGGGGGAGCGGGAACACAGUGGCCAUCGACUUGAUCGUGCAGCACAUGCACAGCCAGCUGGAGGAGAGGAAGCUGCGCUGGGAUAUGGCCGCGCUGGCCUCGGCGCACCAGUGCCACCCUCUGCCCCAGACGCUAAGUGUCCUCAAGAGCACGCCGCAGGUGCGAGGCAUGCACACGAUCAUCAGGGACAAGGAGACCAGCCGUGACGAAUUCAUCUUCUACUCUAAGAGGUUGAUGCGACUGCUCAUCGAGCAUGCGCUCUCCUUCCUGCCCUUCCAGGACUGCGUCGUGCAGACCCCGCAGGGGCAGGACUACGCGGGCAAGUGCUAUGCGGGGAAGCAGAUCACCGGCGUGUCUAUCCUGCGGGCCGGUGAAACGAUGGAGCCUGCGCUGCGGGCCGUGUGCAAAGACGUACGCAUAGGCACCAUCCUCAUCCAGACCAACCAGCUCACCGGGGAGCCCGAGCUCCACUACCUGCGGCUGCCCAAGGACAUUAGUGACGACCACGUCAUCCUGAUGGACUGCACCGUGUCCACAGGCGCUGCAGCCAUGAUGGCUGUGCGCGUGCUCUUGGACCAUGACGUGCCUGAGGACAAGAUCUUCCUGUUGUCGCUGCUCAUGGCAGAGAUGGGCGUUCACUCGGUGGCCUAUGCUUUCCCGCAAGUGAGAAUCAUCACCACAGCUGUGGACAAGCGCGUCAACGACCUCUUCCGCAUCAUCCCUGGCAUCGGGAACUUCGGUGACCGUUACUUCGGGACCGAUGCCGUUCCCGACGGCAGCGAUGAGGAAGAAGUGGCCUCCGCGAGUUAGCCGGAGCUCUCGCCCCCAGCCAGCCUCUUCCUGCCUCAUGGCCUUGCUUACAGAGAUGUCAUAACUUAUUUUAGUUAAAAAAAAAC